AUGUCUCUCCUCAGGGGCCCUUCGCGGUCGGUCUUCAGAGCUGCGGUGUGCAGAGCAGCUCCGGUGUGCACAAGGCGUGCGGCAUCGUCUCUGACUGCAGAGUCUCAGCAGAAGCUUCUCUCCACCGACCUUGAACAUGCAGAUCCCGCGAUUUACAGUAUCCUUCAAAAUGAAAAACGAAGGCAAAAGCAUUUCAUCAAUCUUAUUCCGUCCGAGAAUUUCACAUCUCAGGCAGUUUUAGAUGCUCUUGGAAGUGUUAUGCAAAAUAAAUACUCCGAAGGAUAUCCAGGUGCAAGAUAUUAUGGCGGAAAUGAAUUUAUUGAUGAAGCAGAGAGGUUAUGCCAGGCUAGAGCAUUGCAGACGUUUGGUUUAAAGGAUACGGAAUGGGGUGUCAAUGUACAACCUCUUUCUGGAUCACCUGCGAAUCUCAUGGCGUAUUCUGCCCUCAUCAAUACGCAUGAUCGGAUAAUGGGUUUGGACUUGCCCCAUGGUGGGCAUCUAUCACACGGGUACCAAACCCCCACGAAAAAGAUAUCGGCCAUAUCCAAAUACUUCGAGACAUUUCCAUACCGCCUAGAUGAGUCGACUGGCCUGAUCGAUUAUGCAAAGUUGGAAGAACUUGCAAUGAUGUAUAGGCCAAAGAUCAUUGUUGCUGGGACAUCGGCAUACAGCAGACUCAUUGACUAUAAGCGCAUGCGGGAGAUCGCCGAUAAAGUCGGCGCCUAUUUACUGGCAGAUAUGGCUCAUAUUUCGGGUCUGGUUGCUGCCAGAGUUGUUCCCACGCCCUUCGAUUUCUCGGACGUUGUUACCACGACCACACACAAGUCAUUGCGUGGCCCGCGGGGUGCUAUGAUCUUCUACAGGAAGGGAGUAAGAAGUGUCGACCCCAAGACCAAGCAGGAGAAAAUGUGGAAUCUCGAAGAACCGAUUAACGCCUCAGUCUUCCCAGGCCACCAAGGCGGUCCUCAUAAUCACACCAUUACCGCCCUGGCUGUUGCACUGAAACAAGCCCAAAGCCCGGAAUUUAGAUCGUACCAGGAGGGGGUACUCGCCAACGCCAAGGCUUUCGCAAAGCGGCUAGGAGACUCUAAAGAAGCCGGCGGAUUGGGUUACACAAUUGUCUCUGGCGGAACUGAUAACCAUCUCGUUUUGGUCGAUCUCAAACCACAGGGGGUCGACGGUGCCAGGGUCGAGCGAGUGCUAGAGUUGGUAGGUGUUGCAAGUAACAAGAACACGGUACCGGGGGAUAAAUCGGCCUUGAAACCCGGCGGAUUAAGAAUGGGUACGCCUGCAAUGACGACGAGGGGCUUCCAACCGGAUGACUUUGUUAGGGUAGCGGAUGUGGUGAACAGGGCGGUUACUAUUACUCAACGAAUAGAUAAAAAGGCUAGGGAGGCGGCUGCUGGCGGGAAGAAUCCAGGAAGUGUUAAGGCUUUCCUAAAUUACCUCGGCGAUGGAAGUAAUGAGACAGAGAUCGUCCAGUUGAGAUCAGAGGUGGAGGAGUGGGUGGGAACUUUCUCGUUGCCUUGGGAGUAG